AUGAAGCCAACAGACGUUGUCUACACGGACUCGAAAGUCUCGAUCACCAUAAUUACAAGCUGCCCAGCUAGUAAUGGGCUAUCUCCAGCCGCUAGUAGUACUCGCUGCAGCUUUCUGGCCGCCCGCGUUAUACAGCUGGUGUUAUUUUUGACGAUUGCUGUGAUCGAUGUCUAUGUCCUGACCCGUGUCUUCAACAGUCCCAUGGGUGUUAUACCAGCCCUGAAGGGAACACUUUUCCUCACUCUCAUAAUAAUCGCAUUGACUCUCCCACAUACAAUCACCGAUGUGUACCGUCGAUACUACAAAAAGCCCAGUCUCUAUUCUCCCGGCGCCGCGAUCCUGCUCGAGAUCCACUUCUUCUUAUCGUACAUCAUCCUGUUGAUAUGCGUGGGCAUGGUACACAUCAAGGCGAUUGGUGAUCUGUGCGAGCCGGAGGGCGGGAUGAUUGUAGAUCGACCCGAUGAGAUCUGUGGACUGUUGAAGGCGGAGUUGAUGAUUUUGAGCUUGACUACAUUCUUUUGGGUGCCGACUAUGAAGAUGGUUUAUGAGGGUGUGAGCGGUAAUGGAUGUCCGAGGCGCAGUGUACAGGUUAAUGGUACAAUCGUUUAA